AUGUCCCCGCAGUCUAUGGACGGCCCGGGGCAGUCCGAGGCGCCACUGGUGGAAAGCCGGGCCGCCCCGAGGCUGGAUGUCCGCCGAGACCGGCGACCGUCGUCCGGCGUCCUUUGUGCCCUCGCACCACGCGCACGCACCUCCUCCCGGCCGAGAGACCUCCAAAGGUACGCUCCCGCUUCGCCUCUCUUCCUUGCCUCCCAUUUCCUUCGCGCUCACAUCUCCUCCACAUCCCCUGUUCCACACCGCUAUGCCUCCCCAGCACUGUCGCCAGCUCGCAGAUCGUCCGCGAUGGACCUUGCACGGCCGCCAAAUUCGCCACCACUCCAGUCCAUGCACGUCAAUGCGUCGAUGCAUCCCCAUCCACACGCACACGCUCACAUGCAGCAACAACAGCAGCAGCAGCAACAGCAGCAGCAACAACAACAACAACAACAUCCGACAUCGCCAGUCGGACCUCCCAUGAUGUACACGAACGAUAACUCGGGCGCCGAUCUCAGCAACGGUCACCACGUCCCUGUGCAGAUGGCUCACACUACGCCCCUCCGCCUCCUGCACCCAUUACCUACCUUCCCCUUCCUCCAGCUAUCGCUUUUCCCCUCCCUGCUCAGCUCUCUCUCCCUCACCCAAAACUCCUUCGUCGAUGCCUACAACCCGCUGCUUCGUCAGUGGGAGCAGCACACCACCAGCACCGUCCGCCUCGUGUACAGUGAGCAGCGCAUUCUCUAUCGCCUCCGGCGCUCUCUCCUAGAGGGUCUCUCCGAGGACGAAUGCCCCGGCAUUCAGGAAGAAAUCGCCAUGCAACCUGCCAGUGAACAGCUCCAGCCCCAGCGCCUCGUGCAUGGCGCCGCCGGUCCAAUGCCUGCGGUGAACAGCAACGGCCUCAAGCGCCCUGCGCCUCCAUCCGACCCUGGUGAAUCCCCCGUGCCUCCGCCCAAAUACUACGUCGCGGACAUGUAUCGCAGCAACCCGCAGGGACCGUACGCAGUCCCGAUCCCCAUCCCGCAAGGAUAUCCCCAGGGUCUGUCGACCCCAAAGCAGCAGCCGCAACCACAGCCGCAAGUCCACCAAAACGGGGCCGGCGGAACCCAGCCGCAGACCCCCGGUCCCGCCGGCAGACAGCAACGACAGAACGGCGCGAUGAAGCCCCCGGGCCCGGCCCCAGCCCCGGUCUCGGCGCCGUACGCGUAUCCCCAAAACAACAUGUACGGCGCCCCGCCUCCACAAAGCCCCCCUCAGCCCGUCCAAAACAUGGGCGCCAUCGCAGACGCGAACGGGAGCGCCAUGGCGCUGCCGUCCGCGGACACACUGCCGCCGCACUUGCGCACGCCGCACGCCGUGCCGGCGCCGAUCCCGUACCACCCGCACCCGCCGCUGAAGCGCUGGCCGAACGACUACACGGUGAGCGAGGUCGCGGCGGGGUUCCGGCAGAUGGAUGUUCUGGUGGGGACGCAGCCGACGACGACGCAGCGCGCGGCGUUCGAGCGCGUGUUCGGGUGCCGGUACGUGAAGAGCACGGUGUGCCGCCACCGCGGCGUGUGGCGCCGCGCGCGAGAGGACGUGCGCGCCGCGUUCGAGCACAUGGGGCGCGACGAGCACGCGGUAUGGGGUGAGUUCGUCCGGCGGGUGGAGGGGAGGGCGUCGGGGCUGCAGGGGUCGCCGCGCGCGGGGCAUGGCUUGACGGAGGGGAUGGUGCACAUGCAGGGGCACGUCAUACCGGGGGGGAUGCAGGGCAUGGGGCACGGGACCGUGUCGCAGCACCUGAUGAGGAGGGAGGAGGAGGAGAGCCCGGAGGAGGCGGUGAUGGGGUCCUUGGGUCCGCCGCCGGAGCACGAGGCGCCGCCGAAUCAGACGGGCAUGCUGAACGGAUCUGGGCUGCCACAGCAGCAGGAAGCGUCGCAGCAGGUGCAUCCGCAGCAGCAGCAGCCCGGUGGGAAUCAUGUGCAGCCGUACGAUCCGUCGUUGACGAAUGCACUGGGGGGCGGCGAGCAGCCGUGA